AUGUUGAUGAUGAACGAUCUGGGGUCUAUGGCCGCCGGUAUGAUGCCGUUUGACCCGAUGUGCGGUGGCCUCUACGAGCAGCAGCCGCCCAAGCCUCGGUUCAUAUUCAAAAUGCCAAGGGUCGUGCCCGAUCAGAAGAACAAAUUCGAAACCGACGAACUCUUCAGGCGCUUGAGUCGAGAGAGUGACGUUCGAUACACUGGUUACAGAGACAGGCCGCACGAAGAACGCCAAAGUCGAUUUCAAAUCGGAUGCCGUGAAGGUCAUGUAGACAUUGCAUUCACCGCGACUGGAACCAAUUUGCAAUUAAUGUUUACUCCGAACAUGCCAAUUCCUUCAUACCAUCAAUCUGCCAAUGGUACUUGUAAUUUCGAAAAAGAACGAGGAAUGGUUCACAUACUGUCGCAUUUCAUAAUGAAUGGAGUGUGCGUCCGGUGGAAAGGGCGUAUCGACUUGGACAAAUUGGACGGCAUCGGUUGUCUGGAGUUCGACGAGGAACGGGCAAUGAUCGAGAACAGGAUGCUGCAGGAGCAAAUCGAGAGAUACAACGACCGCAUCAGAGAAUAUCAGGACAAACCUCGCGCCUACAGAAACCAAGAGCGUGGUGUUACCGAUUCGGAUUUAGACGUGAAAAGAAGAUUGAACUAUUAGAUCAUUACAUAUAUGUAUUGAUGCAUACAGAUAUGACCCGUUUGUACACAAUAUAUAACUAUAUUACCUAUAGGCAAUAAUAUUGUAGCGUGUUUGUGUUAUUUAUGCGUGUGUAAAGUACUCAUAUGUUUUUAUUAUUAUUAUUUUUUAAUUCGUUUUUAUUUUUGUUACUUCUUUAUAGAAUUAUUAUUAUUAUUAUUAUUAUUAUUAUCAUCAUUUUUUUUUUAAUAUAUACUGACUCGCGUAUAAUGCAUUUAACUAUAUAUUAUUAUGAAUUGCGUUUGCACGUCAAACAAUCAAUAGUUUAAAAUACCUUCAUACCAUUAUAUUAUAUAUUUUAUAAUACCAAUAUUUGAAUAAGUUUUUCGAGGAACGUUCUGAAAUCGAUAUUUUAAUUUCUUGAACAAAAAUUGUCAAACUGUAUUUGACUGUAAAACUAUUCAUCCACUUUUGGAUAGUGUCUGUAUAAUAUAAUAUUAAUAAUAUAAUAUAAACUGUAUAAUAUAAUAUUUAAUGAAUCAACAAUGAGCUAAUGAUCCCUUAAACAUGAUUUGGUGACCGAAGAUCAAUUCACUUAAUUUUAGUGAACCAUUAAGUUAAUCAAUUUGUUAUGUAAUUCAGCAUAAUAGUAUAUUAUAUACUUUUGAUUAAUAUAAAGUAAUUGUGCUUUUUUUUUUAAUAUAGAACAUCCAGUGGCGUAUUUUCAGUGAUUUUGUAACGAACAUUUUAAAAAGAAACUGUUCUUUGCUCUCUGAUUUAAAGUUUAUUAAAAUAGUAUACUAGUAGCAAUAUUAUAUUUACCUAUAGUUGAAAUAUCCAUUAUAAUAACUUAGCUUUUUCCAGUUGAACUGAAAAAAAAGGUUAAAUUAGAUCGUGAUUAUAUACAUAAUAUUAUACAUAUUAUUAUUAUUCUAUAUUCUAUAACUGUCAAGUUAGAACUCGGGAGUUGAUUAUUUAUAAUUUUUUCACUUAAUUCCGCUUGGAUACCUAAAAAUUGUAUACAGUGGUUUUAAAUACAAAUAAAUAGUUAAAUAGGUAAUUCCUUAAUUUAAUUAUUUUGAUGACACAAUAAUGUUAUCAUUGACGAAAUCACUACAAAUAAUUUGAAAUAAGAAGAAACAUCUUACGGUGAAUUUUUAAGAUACUGUUCAGUUAUUAUGUAAAAAAAAAAAUAUGAAAGUAAUCACAAUAUCAUCUCUAUACUACGUAUAUCUAUAAGUGACUCAGGUUGGAAGGUAGUAAUUAAAUAAAGAAACUCCCAUCAUUGUAAAAUCCAUACAUUCAUCGCUCCGCUCAGACUGUAAAAAUGAAUUACUUCCUUUUACUGAAUUGAGUUCAUAUUUUUCUCCAUAUUAACUUUAAACCUAUAAAUUUCAAUGUAUUCUUUGUCAGUUAUUAACUUAUAAACCUUGUUAACAUGACUAACUCAGGUUUUUUUUUUGUGACUUUCUAAUCUUUGAAAAAAAAAUAUUCAAUUGCUUCUAUAAGGGAAAAAUCUACCAUUAA